AUGUCCCACCGCGACGAUGACCACAAAGAGCCGGACCUCGUCUCUCUGCUGUCCGGCGACCAGCGCGCAGAGCUCACCCUCCUCAUAGCCACCGCAACAGAGCGCAUGCGUCGUAACAUCACCGAGAUAUUCGACGCCCCAGCACCAGCACCAGCACCACAGCCAACUCCCCCAGCGGCAGCCAAAGACCCAGCUGCAGAGGAAGAAAAAGGGGGAGCCAAAGACACUGCUGCUGAGAAGGAGCCCCACAAAAAAAGCAUCCGCCUGCAGGAGCUCCAGAAGACCGCUCUCACCUCCUUCGACGCCUGGUCUUCCGCCGUUCUGCAGCGCAUCAGCGAAGCCGUCCACUCCGACGUCACGCCCACCGAACAGACCCGCCUCCUGCGGCGAGCAUCAACAAUAGCUUCCGAGUCGCCAGCGCCCGCAGUACCAGAGAUCUAUGCACCCAUCCCCACGCCGCUCACGUCGAGCCUUCCACCCGACUACCCACCCAUGGUGCUCCACGCACUACUCCUUCUCCUCCUCUCCCUCGAGCGCUACGAUGCCCGCUCGCGCGUCCUUCUCCUCAUCACCGCCUCCUCCCUCCACGUCCCCGCCCACCACCUCAUCACGCAAGAAACCCAGACCGCCCACGUCCUCGUCAAAGCCGCGCAGAUGUCCGGCGACGAAGAGUCCAAAGCCCGCUCCGACGCCUCCAAGUCCAGCAAAUGGUGGAAGGUCGGCCUCGCCUCCGUCGCUGGCGCUGUAGCCAUCGGUGUGACCGGCGGGCUCGCCGCGCCCCUCGUCGCCGCGGGCGUCGGCAGCGUCCUGGGCGGUAUCGGCCUCGGCGGCACCGUCGCCGCAGGCUAUCUAGGCGCUAUGGCAUCGAGCGGCGCCAUCGUGGGCACGCUGUUUGGCGCGUAUGGCGGGAAGAUGACGGGCGAGAUGAUGGAGCGCUACGCGGCGGCCGUGAAGGACUUUGCCUUCAUCCCCGUGCAGACACGCGCCGAGCGGCUGCGCGUCACAAUCGCCAUCUCGGGGUGGCUCACGGGGCCGGAGGACGUCACUGCGCCGUGGGGGUGCCUCAACGGCAACGCGGACGUGUAUGCGCUCCGCUGGGAGCUGGAUGCGCUGCUGGACUUGGGGUCGGCGCUGCAGACGAUCCUCAAGUCGUAUGCGUGGGGCUAUGUCAAGUCCGAGAUCAUCAAGCGCACGGUGUUUGCGGCGCUCUGGGGAGCUGUCAUGUGGCCGGUGGCGUUGCUGAAGAUUGCCCGCGUCGUCGAUAAUCCGUUCUCGAUUGCGAAGCGCCGCAGCGAGAAGGCGGGACGGGUGCUCGCGGAUGCGAUCGUGAACCGCGCGCAGGGGGAGCGGCCGGUGACGCUGGUGGGAUACUCGCUGGGCGCGCGCGUGAUCUAUAGUUGUCUGCUGAGCCUGGCGGAGCGCGGCAUGUUUGGGCUGGUGGAGAAUGUGGUGGUUAUGGGGGCGCCGGUGCCGGCGGAUGCGGACGAGUGGCGGCGGAUUAGGAGUGUGGUGGCGGGGAGGUGUGUGAAUGUGUAUUCGGAGAGCGACUAUAUCCUGGCGUUUCUGUACCGCACGAGCAGUAUCCAGCUUGGUGUGGCGGGGCUGCAGAGGAUUGGGGUGAGCGGGGUGGAGAAUGUUAAUAUGGGGCAUGUGGUGGAGGGACACUUGAGGUAUCGGUAUGUGACGGGGAUGGUGCUGAAGGAUAUCCUAGGGGAGGAUGUGGAGAGGGAGGUGGUGGAGAAGGAGGAGAGGGAGUUGAAGUUGGUGAUGAGGCGUGAGGAGGAGAGGGAGAAGGGGGAAGGGGGGAAGGGGCAGGAGGAGGCGGAGGGCGAGAUUGACAGUGUGGUGGACAAGGCGGAGAAGGAGCUGGAGGAGAGGAGGAGGAAGAGGACGGCACUGGAGGAGGAGAGGAAGCAGGCGAUGGGGGAGUAA